AUGUCUUCUGGCAACGAUAACAACGACAACCUCGGUCGCGUUCUGAAGUUCUCGCACCCCUGGGUACCUAAUCCCAACACACCUCGAUGCCAUGUACACCCGUUGCUAAUAUGUAAGUAUAUAGCCAACCUCGUUGGAGGUCUCGGUGAUACCCUAGGAAAGACCGUGGGCGGACUCGGAGACACCGUCGGAAGCACUGUGGGUGGACUCGGACAGACUGUCGGCGGCGCAACCCAGGGUCUAGGCAAGACUGUCGGCGGUGCUACUGAAGGCCUGGGCAACACCACCCGGGGCGUCGGACAGUCGACUGGAGAUAUCCUCAGCAGCAUCAAUGGCGACAGAUCGGGUGCGAAUGCUGAGCGCAAGUAA